UGAAUAACAGUAUUAAUCUUGUGCUUACAAAAGUUAACGACAAGUGAUUUUAAGUUUAAAUACCGUUUAUUAUGAUUAUUUGCUCCGAUUUAGAAGUUCGACAAAAUAUAUUUUUGAAAGUGAAUGUACGUGGAUUCAUUGCUUUUUUGAGAAUAGUUGUUAGAAAGAUGAUUUAAAAAUUAUUUAAAUAAUCAAUUUACGUCUAGUUAAAAAAAUCGAUAUGAUAUGCACUGUUUAUAUUCCUUUCUGGAUUUCGCGCCAAUUCGAUAAAAAAAUUUAAACAUAAAUAAAAGUCUGGCAACCCUGUAACCAACAGUUCCGGAAACAUCCCUGCUGACGGAUAUGCGGAAUAUGCAACCGAGUGGCGAAUCAUAGUUAUUUUGUGAAUUGCGUAUAGGCCAAUCGGCGUUGAACUCUGCUUUGAUAAAAAAAAAAAAAUUUAAGGCGGGUCGCAUAAUCUAACCUGUAUAUACCUACGCAGUUAGUCGCCAACAGAAUACAUAACCUUGAUAACAAAUGUAAACGUUGUAAAAUCUCGGAGGGGAGUUUUUCUCUGUCAACAGUCCCUCAUUUUGCAUCAUAACAAAUAAUAGAUAAACAGUAUAAGUGAGGUUGACAAGAUGGUGAUAUAUGGUGUUUACAUAGUGUCUAAAUCGGGCGGAUUGAUUUUUAAUCACGACCAUAAUGUUCCGAAAAUCGAAGUCGAAAAACCUUUCAACUAUCCACUAGACAUCAAACUCGCUUAUGAAAAUAAAAAGUUAGUUGUAUCGUUUGGUCAAAGAGAUGGAAUAAAUGUGGGCCAUGUUUUGUCAGCUGUAAAUGGACAACCUGUAACUGGUCGUGAGUUGGAGGAUGGUAAGGACGUUCUGGACAUGCUUGAGAACCCUGAAAACUUUCCGAUAACCUUAAAAUUUUGUCGAUCCAAAAUGACAACAAAUGAGAAGAUUUUCUUGGCUUCAAUGUUCUAUCCACUUUUUGCUAUUGCCAGUCAACUGAGUCCAGAACCUCGAUGUUCAGGUAUUGAAGUGCUUGAAGCAGAUACUUUUCGAUUAUAUUGUUAUCAGACUUUGACAGGAGUAAAAUUCAUGAUUGUUGCUGAGCCGUCUCAACCAGGAAUGGAAAUAUUAACAAAAAAAGUUUAUGAACUUUAUGCUGAUUAUGCAUUGAAAAAUCCUUUCUAUUCGUUAGAAAUGCCUAUUCGAUGUGAACUUUUUGAAACGCAUUUACAAAGUCUGUUAGAGGCUGUAGAAAAAUCAGGUAUAAGUAAUGUAUGAUUGGGAGGUUUGAUGAUAGGCUAAUUGUAAAUAAGAAAGCCCAAUAUACAGAGAAGUGAAUAAUAAUUUCACAAAGGUAAAUGUAUAUAAGGUGAUGUUCAUAGUCGUGUAUUAAAAGUAUAUAUAGAUAAAUUUACAAUUUAUAUUUAUAAAAAAGACUGUAAAUACUUUAUAUACAUAGAAAAUUAAUAACAAAUACUUGAUAUAAUAUAAAGGCGUUUAUAAAACAUAUAGAUACAUAUUUAUACUUGAAUUUCUGUUAUCCUAAUAAAUAAUAAAACUAUUCUUUAAGUUUAAUAAUAA